GAGGGGGGAAGGGCGAGGAGGAGGAAGGAUAUUGUAAAUUAAAAGGAGGAGGAGGAGGCAGAGAAAGAAAGAAAGAAAGAAAGAAAGAAAGAAAGAAAGAAAGAAAGAAAGAAAGAAAGAAAGAAAGAAAGAAAGAAAGAAAGAAGGGAUUCUGAGCACACCUCUGCGCCGAAAGGCAGCAAGAUCCGGGGCAGCCGCUCUUAGUUCGGAUCCUAGGGAAUAAGUCCCGGGGUAGGGGCGGGAGUUGGACACCUCCCUUGCCAAGAGGGGCGCGCCUUUGCGUCACCGCUCCCUCUUUUCCGGGGUUCCUCCGCGGUAGCCGCCCGACGCCAGCGGCGCUUGAAGAAGAGCGGCCGGCGGAUCGCAGGCCCCCGGCGGCGGAAGGCAGGCGGGCAGGCGCGGGCGGUCGGGCGCGCGGAGCAGCCAGCCGGGCGGGCGGGCGCGCGCCUGGGGAGGCCGCCCCCCUCCCUCCCUCCCUCCCUCCCCGCCCCGGCGCCUGUCCUUAGGGAGGGGUGGGGGCGCCCGGUAGCCGUCGAUGACCGCAGGGCUGCUGCUGCGCGCUCCUGCCUCUCGCCCACCGCUGCCCCCGCCGCCGCCGCCGUUGCCCGAGGCCGGGGCGCUUGCUAUGUCCGCAGCCUCCGACAAGCCCCAGCCGCCGCCACCGCUCGGACCAGCCGCCGCCGCCGCCAUGGAGGCCGCCUCGUCCACCAGCUCCUCGACGCCCAGCGGCGGCGGCGGCGGCGGCGGCGGCGCCAAGACCAAGAAGAGCAACGCGGGCAUCCGCCGCCCGGAGAAGCCGCCCUACUCCUACAUCGCGCUGAUCGUGAUGGCCAUCCAGAGCUCGCCGUCCAAGCGGCUGACCCUGAGCGAGAUCUACCAGUUCCUGCAGGCGCGCUUCCCCUUCUUCCGCGGCUCCUACCAGGGCUGGAAGAACUCGGUGCGCCACAACCUCUCGCUCAACGAGUGCUUCAUCAAGCUGCCCAAAGGGCUGGGCCGGCCGGGCAAGGGCCACUACUGGACCAUCGACCCGGCCAGCGAGUUUAUGUUCGAGGAGGGCUCCUUCCGACGGCGGCCCCGCGGCUUCAGGAGGAAGUGCCAGGCCUUGAAGCCCAUGUACAGCAUGAUGAACCUGAAUUUCAACCACCUCCCCGACAGCUACGGCUUCCAGGGGCCCUCCUGCCCGCCCAGCAGCCUGCCCUUGGACGGGGGCGCCCUGGGCAUGGUGAACGUGGACGGCAUGGCCCUGGCCGGCCACUCCGUGCCCCACUUGCCUUCCAACGGCAGCCACCCGCACGCCUACAUGGGCGGCUGCAGCGGCGGAGGGGCCGGGCCCGGCUCGGCGGGAGGGGACUACGGCCACCACGACGGCUCGGUGCCCGCUUCCCCGCUGCUGCCCGGCGGAGGGGUGAUGGAGCCCCACUCGGUUUACUCCGGCACGGGGCCCGCGGCUUGGGCGCCCUCGCCCGCCCCCGGCUUGAACGGCGGCGCCCCCUACAUCAAGCAGCAGCCCCUCUCGCCUUGCAACGCCGCGGGGAACCCGCUCUCGUCCGGCCUCUCCUCGCACUCCUUGGACCAGCCCUAUCUGCACCAGAACAGCCACAACCCCGCCGAACUGCAAGGAAUCCGGUACCAUUCCCAGUCCCCGAGUAUGUGUGAUCGGAAAGAAUUCGUCUUCUCCAUCAACGCCAUGGCAUCCUCUUCCAUGCAUUCUGGAGGCAGUGGCUCAUACUACCACCAGCAAGUCACAUAUCAAGACAUCAAACCUUGCGUGAUGUGACAAUGAGGCUGGGGAGUCCAGCUUUCCUUGGGGAAGAGAGAAUCCCGAGGGAUACCUGUGUGAAAACUAUGUAGGACUUCCCGCUGCCCUUCUUCAUUGGGAGCCCUAAGACCUCCCCAGAAAUUAGUCUGUUAGCUGUUCAUGAGGUAUAUAAAUAUUCAAGACGCCAAUGGAAGGAACUGUCCGUCUUUCGGCAAAGGUGGAAAAGUGAUGUCUUUGGUGUGCCUUUUGGGGUGGGCCCAAAAAAUGUGCAGCAUCUCUUCUUUCAUCUUGGGAGGACCCCCAAGCCCCCCAGCCCUGAGAGCUACAUCCAUUUCUGACAACCACUUUUAGAAUCCUUCUUCCAGGGUCCAAAUCCAAUCUCUUUCCAAAGAUAUAUCCUGCCCCCUCCCCAUUCCAGCAUGUAAUGUUCCAUUUUAAUGAGUCUGGAUGAGAAUGAAUUUUAGCUGUGGAGGGACACAAAUCUACCCUACGAGAAAGGAACGGCUCAAGGAACAAUCUCCCAUGAGACCAACUGACAAGGCUUUUUUCCAGAGUUCUUCAUUUGACAAAUGUUGGCUUUCCUCCCCCACCCCCAACUUGGCACUAAGGAGAAAAUAUAUGCGCUCACCAUGUCUUUGAACCCCUCAUUCAGAGCAAUGGAGAACCGAAUCCCCAAAUAACUCCAGAAGGCUUCCUUCCAAAAUUGUGUGUGUCGUUUUUCUCUAUCCGAAGGGUUGGUGUGGUCUGAGCCAGACACACAAGCCCUCAAACAGACCACAGCCUCACAAAGGAAUGAUCGGGACGGCCUUGUGCAAUGGCCUGAUGUUCUAAGACUCACUUUCCUUCUGGCUAUACCAAGCCUAUUUUAAAUGUUCAGUACAAAAUUACAAAAGAAAAGCACUUUGAGAAAAUAAAGGUUGAAAAUGGGAAUAAAAAAGAU